CGCGGGCCCUCGCCUCCUGCACCACGGGCAAAGCGUUGGAAGAGGAAUCGCCAGGCUUGCGGGAGGAGAACCAGAAAUGGAAGACUGCAUGGAGACCCUGAAGGAUGAAGAGGACGCCCUGUGGGAGAAUGUGGAGUGCAACCGCCAUAUGUUGACCCGUUACAUCAACCCAGCCAAACUGACCCCGUACCUGCGCCAGUGCAAAGUCAUUGACGAGCAAGAUGAGGAUGAGGUGCUCAACUCGCCCAUGCUGCUGUCCAAAAUCAACCGAGCAGGUCGGCUGCUGGACAUCCUUCACACGAAAGGCGAGAGGGGCUAUGUGGUUUUCUUAGAAAGCCUUGAAUUUUACUACCCGGAACUCUACAAAUUAGUGACAGGAAAGGAACCGACACGACGGUUUUCCACUAUUGUUGAAGAGGGCCAUGAAGGCCUCACGCACUUCCUGAUGAACGAGAUCAUCAAGCUGCAGCAACAGGUCAAGACGAAGGACGCCCAGCGCUGCGAGCUCUUGGCCAAAUCCCGUCAGAUGGAGGACGAGCUGAAGCAACUGAAGCUCAAGAAGAUAGAGCUGCUCACCUUCCAGGAGAGGUACGUCAAGAUGAAGGAUGAGCGGAACAACUACAACGACGAGCUCCUCAAGGUGAAGGAUGAAAACUACAACCUGGCAAUGAGGUACGCCCAGCUGAGCGAAGAGAAGAACAUGGCGGUGAUGAGAAGCCGAGACCUCCAGCUAGAGAUCGACCAGCUGAAACACUGGCUGAAUAAAGUGGAAGAGGAAUGUAAACUGGAAAGGAACCAGUCUUUGAAGCUCAAGAAUGACAUUGAAAAACGACCAAAGAAGGAACAAGUUCUGGAACUGGAGCGGGAGAAUGAGAUGCUGAAGACCAAGAUUCAGGAGUUACAGUCUAUCAUUCAGGCUGGGGAACCGGGCCUGCCGGAUUCCGACAAAGCCAUUCUAGAUAUUCUAGAACACGACCGUAAAGAAGCACUGGAGGAUCGCCAGGAAUUGGUCAACAAGAUCUUCAAUCUCCAGGAAGAGAUCCGCCAUGCGGAAGACCUCCGGGACAAGUACCUCGAGGAGAAACAAGAACUGGAGUUAAAAUGCUCGACCCUGGGGAAAGACUGCGAAAUGUACAAACAUCGAAUGAAUACUGUGAUGAUACAGCUGGAAGAAGUAGAGAAGGAGAGAGACCAGGCUUUCCAUUCACGUGACGAGGCACAAACCCAGUAUGCCCAGUGCUUGAUCGAAAAGGACAAAUAUCGGAAGCAGAUCCGGGAGUUGGAGGAAAGAAACGACGAGCUCCGAAUCGAGGUGGUCCGGAAGGAGGCCUGCAUCAUUAAUCUGGAAUGCAAACUGAGGCGUCUCUCUAAGGACAGCUGCAGCGACCAGAGUUUACCGAGGAAUCUGCCCCUCACGGUGAUUUCCCAGGCUUUCGAAAUCCCCAGCCCCAAAACCAACGGCCAGGAGGCCGACGACUCCUCGACCUCCGAGGAAUCCCCUGAAGACAGCAAGUUCUUCGUCAUGGAUCAGCCUCGGUUCAGAAGAAGGAUGAACCUGAAGGGCAUCCAGCUGCCAAGAAUGAAAUCCCCCGUCAGGUGGAGCAAAGCAUCGGACUUUCAAGCAGUUCGAGGCCACGACGAAGACCGGGGGGGAGACACCAACAGCAGCCAGGCGGACACCAAUUCUUCUAAUCCUGUUUCCAUCAGCACCUCUGUGGGCAGCUGCGAAGUUGGCAAAAUUCAAACGCUACGGAAUCGCAACCCAAGCAUUAUGUCCACGACCCCAGAACCUCCAGGGAACGACUCCAUCGUCCGGCGUUACAAAGAAGACGCGCCCCAUACCAGCCUGACUGAAGAAGACAAUGACAGCUUUGGCUGCGACGGUUUGGAAUUAGAAGAUGAUUUUCAUGACAGGUAUUCCUCGUUGCCUUCCUCUUCGUCUUCACACCAGUCCGAGGGCCUGGAUCUCGAGCAAGUCAACUCCAUUUUCAGGAAAUUCUCUCUGGAGAGGCCGUUCCGUCCCUCGGUGACGUCUGUCGGACGCCUCCACACCACGUUCCACGCUGUCCAACAGAUCGUCUUGAACGGAGACAGCCUGAGCUCCGAGAUCACUCUCGUGGGGGGGAACCAAUACGGAAGUUUUGUCCACUCUGUCAAGCUUGAUUCCCCAGCAGAGAAAGCGGGCCUCCGGGAGGGACACCAGCUGCUCCUGGUGGACGGGUGCAUCAGAGGGGAAAAUGCAAAUGUUCCCUUGGAUACUUGCACAAAGGAAGAAGUUCACUGGAUAAUUCAGAGGUGUAGUGGACCCGUUACGCUGCACUGUAAAUCGAACCAUGAAGGUUAUCGGAAGCUGCUAUCUGAAAUCGAGGAAGGGUUGAUCACCUCCGGAGACUCUUUCUACAUCCGGCUGAACCUGAACAUCUCCAGUCAGCUGGACUGUUGCUCCCUGUCGGUGAAAUGUGAUGAGAUCCUGCAUGUCCUCGACACCAUGAACCAGGGGAAGUGUGAGUGGCUCUGCGCCCGAGUAGACCCCUUCACCGGCAAGGAUUUGGAAACAGGGACCAUCCCCAAUUAUAGCAGAGCCCAACAGCUCCUCCUAGUGAAGCUGCAGCGACUCGUGAACAGAGGCAACAGGGACGAAACGGACAGUUCCUACGGGACGCUCCGAGGGAACCGGUGUACACUGCAGCCCGAAGACCACACACCACCAAGUGACUCCAAAACCAGUCCACGUCUCUCCCGGGCCAGUUUCCUUUUGGGUCAGAUCUUACAGUUUGUCAGCAGGUCCGAAAACAAAUACAAGCGCAUGAACAGCAAUGAACGAGUCCGCAUCGUGACUUCGAAAGACAGAUCGGAAGGGCAGCCAGUGACAAAGGCGCUGCUGGACAGGUUUGAAGAGUUUGACUCAGUGAGUGAGAUCAACAAGAGCUUCAGUCUGAUCCCGUAUAGCUCAGUAAGACCCACCCACUGCGACCGCCGGCGACCGGUCCUCUUCAGCCCCACCCUCCUCUCCAAGACCUUCAUUCAGAAGCUCCUCAACUCUGGAGGGGCCCUGGAAUUCAAUUUAUGCAAGCCAGAUAUCAUAACAAAGGAAGAAUUCUUGAGGAGACACAUGACGGAAACAGUCAUCUAUUCCCGAGAAAGGAAUCCGCACACCUAUGAAUGUAUUUUUCCAGCAAAUAUUGAGGCUGUCUCUGCCAAGAACAAACACUGUCUGCUUGAAGCUGGCAUCAGCUGCACAAAAGAUUUAAUCAAAGCCAAGAUAUAUCCCAUUGUUCUCUUUAUUAGAGUCUCGGAAAAAAAUAUCAAGAAGUUCAGGAAGCUGCUACCCAAGCCGGAAAUAGAGGAUGAGUUAUUACGGAUGAGCCGUCAGAACGAGAAAGAACUGGAGGCCUUGCCUUGCCUGUAUGCCUCCUUGGAAGCAGAUACCUGGAGCAGCAUUGAGGACCUUCUCCGGAUAAUCAAGGAAAAGGUUUCGGAGGAACAGCAGAAAACCAUCUGGGUUGACGAGGAUCAUUUGUGAAGCACAGAUCCAACCUUUGACCUGGAUCCUGCUUGGUAGCGUAACAAAUCUGCUCUGGAGGCUUGGAGAAACCUCGGAUCUAGAGCCCGCCAUCCCUGUUCCAUCCUUACCGGCUGCUGGGGACUCUCAGCAACUCACAGAACAUUGAGUGUGAGAGAAGAAGAAGAAAACCAAAGCGGACAGCGGCCAUUCAGCAAUGGGCAUCCCAGGGGCUCUUUUGGUAUUCUGAUCAGGGUUCUGCCACCACAGAGCUUUGCUCCUGUGCCACAAGCUGUU